ACCCCUUCUUCCUCUUUUAUAUCAAAUGUCAAUCUUCAAAUCUUCAUUCACCUUCACUAUUUUUCUUUCCAAUUUUUACUACAAUUUUCACCCUUCUCUUAUCUUCAACUUGUGUAACCAUAACACAAAAAUCACCUAGUACCAAAAAACAAAUGUGAAUUGAAGAUUGGUGCAUUGGAUUUUUCAGUUGGUUGAUAAAGUUGAGAGCUUUGUUAGUGUUGUUGGUUUUGGUUUUGGUUUGAAUGGGGAUUGAGAGAACAUUGGGAGAUAGAAAAGGAAGAGAUUUUUGUGAAUUGCCAAAGGAAACAAUUACUAACAGCAGGGCAAGGAGGAACCGGCGGCGUCAUAAGAUGCCGCCGGUUCAGAAACUUUUUGAGACUUGUAAGGAAGUCUUUGCAUCUUCUGGGACAGGAAUUGUUCCUCCAGCUCAGGACAUUGACAAGUUGCAAUCUGUUUUAGAUGGAAUAAAACCAGAAGAUGUUGACUUGAGACCUGAUAUGCCAUAUUUCAUGGCAAAUGCAUCUCAUAGAAGGCCAAAAAUUACAUACUUACAUAUUUAUGAAUGCGAGAAGUUCUCGAUGGGAAUAUUUUGUUUGCCACCAUCUGGUGUUAUUCCUCUACACAAUCACCCUGGAAUGACAGUUUUUAGUAAGCUACUUUUUGGAACUAUGCACAUCAAAUCAUAUGAUUGGGUUGUUGACUUGCCUCCUCAAUCUCUUACAAUUGUCAAACCCUCAGAAAGCCAGGUUCCUAAUUUGAGGUUAGCGAAAGUAAAGGUUGAUGCCGAUUUCACUGCUCCUUGCAACCCUUCAAUCUUGUAUCCGGAAGAUGGUGGAAACAUGCAUGUUUUCACCGCAGUGACAGCGUGUGCAGUUCUUGAUGUUCUUGGUCCUCCAUAUUCUGAUAUUGAUGGAAGGCACUGCACUUACUAUACCAAUUACCCUUUUUCCAACUUUUCAGUUGAGGGAUUAUCCAUACCAGAAGAGGAAAAGAAUGUCUAUGAAUGGCUACAAGAAAAGGACCAACUUGAAGAUUUAAAAGUUGAAGGAAAAAUGUACAGUGGUCCAACAAUUGUGGAGAGCUAGCUAAUCAUAAUCUCUGUCUUCAAACAUACACACCAACCAUGUUUCAGUUCUUGUAAUCAUUUUCAAUUUCUAUAGAAAGAAAACAAAAUUUCUAUCAA